AUGAAUAAAGACUUAACAAAGGAAUUUCAAGAUUUCGUCAACAGUUUUCAAAAAGCAAAAAGAAAAGGAGUGAUGACAGUUGGAAGAAUUAAGAUAUUCAACGAUCGAUUUAAUACAAAUUUUCAAAUCUAUAACCCUAAAGACAGUCAUUUUCAACCAAGAUAUGUAAACAUAGACUUAGAUUUGGUUUUUUAUUUACACAAAGAACAUUUCUGUUUGAUAAGAAAUAAUAAAGCUUUAGGUAUUAAAGAAAUAGAAGAUAAUUACGAUGAAAAUGUAUGGAGAACCUGCGGGGAUGAUGAUGCAGUAACAUGUUUUGCUCAGUUAAAACUAAACGUGAUUUCACAACCUCAUGAUAAUACUUUAUUCGCUUGGGAUUGCGAAACCUAUAGCGAAAAUAAAGCUAUUCCUUUUUGUUGUACUUUAGUCAAUUUGGAAAAACUAAGGAAAAACCUAGAACUAAUUAAAAGAGUAUUCCCAGAUUUAAAGCCAACUGAUCCCAUUCCAGAAGAAUAUUACAACAAACUCAUGACUAAUAUAGUAGAAAUAUUUGUAGGAACAGAUUGUUUCGAUCAGAUGUUGCAUCGUUUAGGUACAGUAGAUCAAAAAAGACUAACCUUAAUUGCUCAUAACGCCAGUGGUUUUGACAACUGGAUUGCACUUCAAAGCCUUAAUAAACUAACACAAUGUCCACUAGUAACAGAUAAAAAAAUUCUAUCUCUUCCUUUAUCUAAUCCAUAUACAGAAGAAAGAUUGCUGAAAAAGUGGAAAAGAGAGAAAAAAAUAUCUGAUAAAAAUAACUAUUUACAAAACAUAUGUCUCACUUCUUCCUAUCAACAUGAAAAAUCUACUUUGGCGGCAUGGGGUAAUUCAUCCAAUCUACCAAUGAAUUUAAGAAAAUAA